CCUUCCUUUCUCUUUUUACUCUGUGACUCGAAGAGGCUUGGUUUCGGCGAAUAAGUUCCGACUUUAUAAUAAUUCGUGAAAUAUAAAUGAGUGUGUGAAUUAUUACUUAAUUUUAUGUGUAUAUUUUAAACUAAACAAAGAAAAUAUGUUAGUUCUCUUUGAAACUCCGGCGGGAUACGCAAUAUUUAAGUUACUCGAUGAAAAGAAAUUAACAGAAACAGAAAAUUUGUUUCUAGAUUUUGAAACACCAGAAGCAGCAAAUAAAAUUGUCAAAUUAAAACAUUUUGAAAAAUUUGAGGAUACUACAGAAGCUCUUGCUGCUACAACAGCUGCUGUAGAGGGAAAACUUUCUAAAUCUUUAAAAAGAACCCUUAAGAAACAUUUUUCAGAGCUUCAAGAAGAAUUAGCAGUGGCUGAUGCCAAAUUAGGGAAUGCAAUAAAAGAUAAACUUAGUUUAUCUUGUGUGAGCAAUACAGCAAUACAAGAACUAAUGAGAUGCAUUCGAAGUCAGGCAGAUGGAUUAUUAGCUGGUUUGCCCAAGAAAGAAAUGACAGCCAUGGCCUUGGGUUUAGCUCAUAGUCUUUCUAGAUAUAAGUUAAAAUUUUCACCUGAUAAAAUAGAUACCAUGAUAGUACAAGCUGUUUGUUUACUAGAUGAUUUAGAUAAAGAAUUAAAUAACUAUGUAAUGCGUUGUCGUGAAUGGUAUGGCUGGCAUUUCCCAGAACUUGGUAAAAUUAUAACAGACAAUAUUGCAUUUGUACGAAGCGUGAAAAUAAUUGGAACAAGAGAGAAUACAAUAAAUACAGAUUUAUCUGAUAUUUUGCCUGAGGAUAUCGAAGAGAAAGUUAAAGAAGCUGCUGAGAUAUCAAUGGGAACUGAAAUUUCAGAAGAUGAUAUCUUGAAUAUUCAACAUUUGUGUGAUCAAGUCAUAGAAAUUUCACAGUACAGAGCACAAUUAUAUGAUUAUCUUAAAACCAGAAUGAUGGCAAUGGCACCUAAUUUAACUAUUCUAGUUGGAGAACUGGUGGGUGCUCGUUUAAUUUCACAUGCAGGUUCUCUUAUCAAUCUUGCUAAACAUCCUGCUUCCACUGUACAAAUUCUUGGCGCAGAGAAAGCACUUUUUCGAGCAUUAAAAACCAAGAAAGACACUCCAAAAUAUGGUUUAAUUUACCAUGCACAGCUUGUAGGACAAUGUUCUGUCCAGAAUAAAGGAAAAAUGUCUAGAAUGCUUGCAGCAAAAGCUUCUUUAGCAACAAGAGUCGAUGCAUUAGGAGAAGAUGUAAAUUUUGAUCUUGGUACUGAACAUAAAGCUAAAUUAGAAAGUCGAUUAAGAGUACUUGAAGAAGGAAAUUUACAUAAAAUUAGUGGAACUAGUAAAGCAAAAAGUAAAUUUGAAAAAUACCAUUUCAAGAGUGAAGUUGUACAAUAUCCAAUAGCUGCAGAUACAACUCUUACAAGUAAUAAGAGAAAAUAUUCUGAUAUAGAAGAUAAGACAGUAACUGAAGAAAGUGAAACACAAAUGAGCAAAGAAAUUCCAAAAAAGAAAAAAAAGAAAGAUAUUGAGGAUAUUGAAGGAUCCUCACAAAUACAAAAUGUAGAAAAAGAUGGAAAUGAACAAGAAAUUACACCCAAGAAAAAAAAUAAAAAGGUCAAGCAGGAAUCCAAGCAGCAUGAAGAAACAAGUGAAUCUACAAUUGCGAAAAUAGAAGAAGAUACAAAUGUUGUUGCAACCCUAAGUGAACCACAGGAUGAAAGUAAUGUUUCAGAGUCUAAGAAGAAGAAAAAAAAGAAGAAAGAAAAACAUGUUGUGGAAACACAAGGGACUUCUAUUUCAAUAGAAGCAGCAGAGGGUGAAUCAGUUUUGACAGAGAAGAAAAAGAAAAAGAAAAAAAAAAUACAACAAGAUGAAUAACUUUCAUUGAAAGUUUUCUUUAGAUUUAUAUGUGUUUAUAUCUAUAUAAACAGUUUAAAGGAUUGAUCAUUAAUACAUUGGGUGCUCAACACAUUUCAAAUGUGACUCUGGAGGUGUACAAAAGUCCAUAAACACCCCAGGUGAAGUUUAUGACUUGCUUCCAGUUUUUCCCAGGUAAGCAGAGGUAAAUAAAAAUUAUUUUUUAUAGUUUCUUAACAAAUAUUUUUUAUUCAUUUACUUAUCCGCGAUAAUAUCUCGUUAAAUGUAUUUAGUGACAUCUAACAAAAGCUAUCUGCCAUAAAUCGCGAUUCACUCUUAUAUUAUGUCUAACUUUUUCUAUCUUUUGCUUGUUGUAAGGUAAUGUGAUUUCUUUAAUAUUUUAUUUGUAUUUCACAUCACUAGCAAAGUAAUGUAAAGCAACAUAUAAUAUAUUGCAUAUAUUAUAUAGCAGAACCACAAUUACACUUUGUUUACUUCUCAGAAUAUCAUUUAAAAUCAAUAUAAUUUUUUAUAAUCUUAUUUUAAAUAUAUGUUCAAUGCAUUAAACAAAUGAAACUUUAAUUAUUUUCAGUCAGUAUAUAAUAAAUACCCUUAACAAAAUCUUUCUUGCUUGAGUAAAAACUAUUAAAGCAUUUAUAGGUAAUGAGGUCUCUGUGAAAACACAUCUACUACAAAUUAGUGACGCGAUACUCAAAGUGUUAAAGGUAUCAUCGCAAUGCAAAUAAGAGUUUGAUUUUAUUUUAUAAAUUAUAAAUAUACUGCAGAAAAAACUUUCCAAU